UUGACAUCCUGUCAUAUUUUACGUUUAUUAAAUGUGUUCUAAGUAUUUUAAUAUAUAUAAUGGGAUAACUAGUAUUUAUUUAUAAACCAUUUUUAUAUUGUUGAAUUAAGUAUGAAAACAAGAUUAUAUGUUUUAUAGAGGUCCCAAAUUAAUAUAGUUUUAAAAAGAGGCGUUACCCAUUACAAACAUGAGCAAUAUAGAAUUUAUAUUUACUCCAGAACUGCAUGAGAAAUUUUUAUUAAACUUUUUUAAGAUAUUGCCGUCUUAUUAUGCUCACUUGGAGCCUAGUAGAGUAGUAGUGGCCUUCUUCAGCAUAGCAGGACUGGAUACUCUUGAUAAGUUAAAUGCCAUCACAGAAGAGAAAAAGAAAGAAAUAAUCAAUUCACUGUAUUCGUUUCAAGUCCUUAAUGAUAGAGAUCUCGUAAGUGGAUUUCAAGCAACUGGAAUACUUAAUACUGUAGAAAAUAGGGGCCAAAAUAGUUUAUACAAAUGGGGUCAUAUCGCAACAACCUAUGCCGCCUUAUGUACAUUAAUAAUAUUAGGGGAUGAUUUAAGUGGAGUCCACAGGAAGUCAAUUAUAAAUAGUUUAAAAGCACUCCAACUACCAAAUGGCUCAUUUAAAGCAGCAGUGGAAGGAACUGAAGAUGACAUGAGGUUUGUCUAUUGUGCUGCUGCAGUAUCCUAUAUUUUGGAUGACUGGAGUGGAGUAGAUAUUGAGAAAAUGGUAGAUUUUAUCUUAAACAGUAUAUCAUAUGAAGGUGGAAUAGGGCAAGGGCCUGGCCUGGAGGCUCACAGCGGUUCAACCUUCUGCGCAAUAGCGGCGCUCAAGCUGAGUAACCAGCUGCACAGAUUAUCCGACGCCCAAUUUAGGGCAUUGCGUUUGUGGCUCAUAAAUCGAUUAAACGGUGGCUUCAACGGCAGACCCAACAAACCGUUCGACACGUGUUACUCAUUUUGGACUGGAGGCACAUUAAAAAUUCUGAACUCCUAUCAGUUCAUUGAUACCGAAGACUGCGAGAAAUUUAUACUUACCACGCAGGACAAAUACGGCGGAAUAUCGAAGACGAUAAAUUCCGUGCCCGAUCCGAUGCACACUUGCUUAGGUUUGGCAGGACUGAGCCUAAUGGGUGUGGAGGGCCUAAGUCCCAUUUAUCCCGAUCUCAUGAUCACCGAAAGAGCACAUAAUCAUUUAAAGACCAUUCACGAUCACUGGCGUUAAUUUUUGUCGUGCUUUGAUGCUUUUGAAACUUUGAUACUGGUUUCUAGCAUCUGAUGAAUGCAAUAGUAUUUUUGACUAAUAUUUCCUAGUGAUUGUAUAAACUUGUAAGUUUUGUUGUUUUAAAUCAACAUAUAUUUUUUGCUUGUUAUUACAAUUUUUGGGAAAUUAAUAAAUUUUAUGAAUAUAAUUGUAGCACA